GGGACGUACACCAUUCCAGCCUCAAGUCUUUCGUUAAUGACCUCGGUCAUCAACAUUGGAGAGCUGGUGGGCUCACUGACGGCAGCGCCGCUCAAUGACCUUGCGGGCCGCAAAGGGGUGUUCUUCAUUGCGUCAAUUAUGGUUGUAGUUGGUGUGGUCUUGCAAUUGGCAACAGAUCACAAGCACUCCAUGAUUAUCGCAGGUAGAAUCUUGCUAGGCUAUGGUGUAGGGAACUUCUCAGCGACAUCCCCUCUGUACAUUGGAGAGAUUGCUCCUACUCGAAUUCGUGGUCCUUUGCUCAUGUGCUGGCAGCUAGUCCUGUCAAUCUCCCAAAUUAUUGCCGCUGCUAUUAAUCGUGGUACACAAGGCAUAGGCAGCACUGUGGCCUAUCGUGUUCCCAUGGGUGUACAGCUUGUGUUCCCGCUGCUCGUUCUAGCUUUCCUUUGGUGGGUACCAGAGUCCCCGCGCUGGUUACUCCGCAAGAAUAAAGUAGACGCGGCCAGGAAAUCAUUGCAGAGCGUCAACCGGGACGACGAGUCGUACAUUGCCGAUGACGACCUAGCUAUGUUACAACGGGAUAUAGACAGUGAAAAGCAACUUGCGGAAGACUCGUCCUGGCUGGAUCUAAUUCUAGACCCCAUCGAGCGACGCAAGACCAUAUAUUCUGCGGGUGCGCUCGUCGCACAACAGGUCAAUGGUAUCCAGUGGUUCUAUUACUUUGGCACUGUCUUCUCAAAGGCAAUCGGACUCUCCGAUCCGUUCCUUAUGACCUUGAUCGUUUUCAUCAUCCAAGUCGUCGUUGUGUUGUGCGCGGUGUUUUGCGCCAACAAACUACCCAGACGACCACUUCUACUCAUCACCACGGGCAUUAUGGGCGUUUCUAUCUUCGUGGUGGGAUGUUUGGGCAUCCCAGGCGGAGAGGUCUCCCACACAUUCGGCAAGGUGAUCAUCAGCUUCGUCAUCAUUGAAAUCACAGCAUUCAAUUUUGCCUGGGGACCUCUAGGCUGGACAAUCGCCUCUGAAAUGGCCGUUGGCCGCAACAGAAACAAAAUUUACGCUGUCGCGGUAGCCUGCUUCUGGAUAACUGUCUGGGCAAUCGUCUUCACCCUCCCUUACCUAUACUAUUCGGCCAAUCUCGGCCCCAAAACCGGCUUCGUAUACACCGGACUCUGUGUUAUCACCUUUGUAUAUGUUUAUUUCUGCGUCGGCGAGGUCACCGGUCGCUCGAUGGAGGAGAUUAACUGGUUCUUUAUCAAUGGCAUCCCGGCGCGCAAAUGGCGUGAUCAGCCUUUUCCUGCUACCGGGGAGACGCCAUCUGAGAAGAGUCUAGAAGUGAGCGAGAAGAACGGUGUUCAUGUACGGGUUGAAGGCCCAUAACUGCAUUUCACACGGUUCUGAUAUAUAGUAUGGACGACAUA